AUGGGAAUUUCAACGAUAAAAGAAGAUCAGUUAGUUAUGACACACAAAGAAUCAAAUUUAAGAGAUCCUCAAUUGCAACCACAACAACAGCAAAUACCAAUAGGACAACCAAGAAUUGCUUCGGAUGGGUUCAUAUAUAAUUCAUCUUUUGAUACGCCAUAUCAACAAUUUUCAACCAAUUCUGGGUUAGGUGGAAAUCCCCAUGAUUUUUUUAGUGGUAAGGAAAGUCCUGAAUUAAAUUUCAACACAAAUUCACCAUAUAUUCAAGAUCAAGGAUUUCUCAGUAGUAAUACGAGGUUGAAUACAACAUUCAUAAGUCCGGUAAGUGAAUCCCCUGAAGGAGGAGACUCUACCAUUGUUGGCGAGAGUUCACCUUCUCCUCCUAAAUCAAUCGCAACAAGUUUAAAUUCAAAUGUACUUGACUCAAUUAUUGGAAGAUACAAUUAUAGUAAAAGCACUUUAGAUUUGGGAAGGAAAGUAACUCAACCUGAUUUACUGCAACAAUCAUCAAGAGAACUAGCACAACAGACAUCUUCAGACUCAAAGAAUUCACAAUAUGACCUACAUUAUAGACAAAACUCUGAUACAUCAACUUUAUCAAAUCAGUCUGACCAGAUAAGCAAAAGUAAAAGGUUUGUCAAGUAUGCAAUGAAUACUCAUUCUCAAUCGGUAAACGCUUCCAAGAAGUGGGAAAUAAAUAAUGUUUUGAGAUGGUUAGAGAGAAAUCAGUUUAAUAAGUCAUGGCAAGAUACUUUCAAAAAUAAUGAGAUUUCUGGUAAUAGGUUUUUAGAAUUGGAGAAUUUUGAAAAAGAUUCAAUGAUUUGGAAACAAUUUUCGAAAUAUUUAGAACUUGAUAAUAAUCUCAAUUCAAUUGAUCGAUUUAUUGAAUUAUUAAAACAAGAAAUUACUAUUGAAGAGUUCAGUGAUAAUAUAUCACCAGUUAAUUUAAAAAAUGAAUACAGAAAAUCAACCCCAACUUUCACAAAACAUAUAUCCAGCUCAUCGAUAUCUUCAACAAAUUCGUCCACAUCCAUCCAAAGACCUGCUUCAUUCAUAGAUAAUAAAAGCAAAGAUCAAACGCAAUCUCAUCAUCUGUUUUUCCGAAAGAAUCAUAACAAAUCAGAAAAAAAAAAGAAUUCUGUUGAUGAAACAAAACGACAGUCAAAAUUGGAUUCUAAAUUAGCGGGUGGAAUUUUAAAUACAAUAAGAAAAUAUGGAGGUGAUAAAGCUGUAGGAAUGGUGAAAUCAUCUUCAUCUACGAAAAAUGAAAGAAAUAGUCUUACUUUUUCUCCACUGAAUAUACCACCAGCAUUAGACCCAAAUAUAGACAUACCUCCACUACCCUCGCCAUUGGCUCAAAAUAAAAAUGAUCAACCAAGGAAGUCGAUGGAUAGUGCUCGCUCAGCUACAUCAGUACCUUCAUUUCGAAUUGAUAAUUGUUCAACAGAUCAACCUUCUUCUUCAACUCAACUAGACGCAAUUUAUGCACCAAAGCCGUUAUCUGAACAAGAAACUAUAACUACUACUAUCUUAGUAAGCUGGGAUAACAAAACUUUUGCUCCAAUCACAUUGACGAAUGAUGAGUUAACGAAUGGAUUUGUUAUGAAAAAGGCGAUUAUACGACAGUUAGGUGUAAUUGAUAUUAAUUCUGUAUCUAUUCAUUUGACAGAUUUUAAUUCUCAAGAAGGAGAAGCAUUACCAGAAGAACUUUUGACUAAAAUAGUAUCAGAAAAUACGCUUAUUAAAUUACUUAUCAAACAAAAUCGGGAACCUCCAUCACCUCAUGGAACUAGCACUAUAUCUACUACAUCAUCAGAUUCAAAGUCUUUUGAAACUGGAGGUGAUGCUUGUACUUAUCCUGCAACUCCACAAUAUCUUUUACAGAACAUUAACAACCCUUCUGUCGACUAUUUAAAUUUCAAAGAACAACAAGCCAAUUUAUCAAAAAUUGUGGAAAAUCCUCCUCAAAAACAAGAAAAAGUCAAAAGUCGGAAUAAAAGUAUUACAUCUACAAAUACAGUUUCUAAACAAACACAAACUAUUGAAACUGCUUUUGAUAGUAAUAUAUUCAAAAGUUCUCAACAUCAUCAUGGAUUUCCAUUAAAAUUUCCAUUUGGUUCUCAUACUAAGAAAAAGACUCCAACUUUACAAAUCGAUACUACAAAAUUUAAACAAGCAUCACUUUCCCCAGAUUCGGCAUCUUCAUCAUCAUUUAAAGUUAUAAGAAAAGGAGUCAAUGAGAUUGAUUUUGAUGAACGCAGGAAAUCACCAUAUGAACGGAAAGCUCCAAAACUAAUAGCAAAUAUUUAUGCAUCAUCUGUUACAAAUAUGGAGAAAUCACCUAUAUCUGCAACUACAGUUUCUACAUUACGAGAUCCACCUUCAUCGAUGGUCAAUAAAUCAUUAAGUAGUAGAAGUGAAAGAUCAGAUUCAAUUAUUGCAAGAAGAGCAGCUCCUCCACCACCAAGUGAUCGAAAAAACCAACUUCAAAGACAACAUAAUAACUCCAAGAAACAAUCUAGUCUGCAUAGUGGCUUGGAAACAACUAGCUUGGAUGAUAAUAAUAGUGUUAAUGUUGAUGAUAAUGAUGAGGAAGAUUUUUUUGUUAAACCAUUGGUGAAUAAAAAUUUAGAAAUUCUAAAUUCAAAUAAAGGUGAUGAUACUGAAAAUUCAAUUAAUAAUUCAGAUUCAGAAAAUGAUUUUUUUGUUAAACCAUUAGAACAAAAAAGACAGGUAAUGAUAGUUCGACCACCGAUUGAAGAAGUUUAUGAUCAUCUUGAAAGAUAUUUCCCAGAUACAAAUCUUGAUAAACCUAUAAUUGAUGUUGAUACUUCUUCACCAGUAGUAUUACAAAGGAAACCAACAAUAUCAAGAACAUUUUCAAAUGCAAAUAUAUCACCAAUUAAUCCUGAAUUAAAUGAACCAAGAAUAAGAAGAAUGAAGACAAUUAGAGGUGUAGCUAAUGAAGCAAGAAGAAAAGCACUUUUGAGAAGACAAGAAAGUCCUCCUAUAACAUUUGCAAGUGUUUCAAGAGAAAAUAGUUCAAGAUUAACAAGAUCAAAUACCAAGAUGUGGGGUCAAAAAGUAGUUGAAGUAACAAGUAAAGAAAUUGAACAUGGUUUUAUAAGUAAAUUAAAAAAUAAAAAUGGAAUAUAUCAAGAAAUAGCAUGGAUUAAAGGUGAAUUAAUUGGAAGAGGAUCAUUUGGAGAUGUAUAUUUAGCAUUAAAUGUUACAACUGGAGAAAUGUUAGCUGUAAAACAAGUUAUUUGGAAUAAUAAUUUUGAUUGUGGUGGAAUUGAAUCAUUACAUAAAGAAAUUGAAACAAUGAAAGAUUUAGAUCAUAAAAAUAUUGUACAAUAUUUAGGAUAUGAACAAAAAAAUAAUAUUUAUAGUUUAUUUUUAGAAUAUGUUGCAGGAGGAUCAAUUGCAAUGUUAUUAAAAUCUUAUGGUAAGUUUGAUGAACUUUUAAUUAGAAUUAUAACAAAACAAAUUUUAUUAGGUUUAGAAUAUUUACAUGAUAAUAAUAUAAUUCAUAGAGAUUUAAAAGCUGAUAAUUUAUUAUUAGAUAUUGAUGGAACUUGUAAAAUAUCUGAUUUUGGUAUAUCAAGAAAAAAUAAUGAUAUUUAUAAUAAUGCAAAUAUGUCAAUGAAAGGUACAAUAUUUUGGAUGGCUCCUGAAGUUAUUGAUAAUUUAGUUGAAGGAUAUAGUGCUAAGAUUGAUAUUUGGUCAUUAGGUUGUGUUGUUUUAGAAAUGUUUGCAGGUAAAAGACCUUGGUCAAAUGAAGCAGCAAUAAGUGUUAUAUAUAAAGCUGGAAAGGAGAAAAAAGCUCCUCCUAUCCCCAAAGAUAUUAAACAUUUAGUUGGAUUAGAAGCUGAAAAUUUUAUAAAUAGAUGUUUUACAAUUGAUCCAAAUUUAAGACCAACAGCAGAAGAAUUAUUAAAUGAUCCAUUUGUUAAUAGUAAAGUUAAAAAUUUUAAUUUUGAAUCAACAGAAUUAGGAAGGUUAAUAAAGUUUAAUAGUAAAGUUUCAAUUUAA